AAAUUCUACAAUAAAUUACAAGAAAAAUAAAAAAUAAAAAAAAUAAGGAAUAAAAGCAAUUUGCAAAGUUUAACAAAUGAUUUGUUAAUGAAUAAUAAAUAAUCGCCAUUGAAAAUAUUUUUUUGCGGGCCUGAGUAUCCAUUUGUGCAUGUGUUGUUUUCAUUGUUCCCUAGUUUGGAACAAUUACUGUUUAUUUUUAUUAUGGAAAGUAACGCCUUCGGUGGCAGUCAUUUACCUUCACAAGCAUUAGUGGUACUAUCGGAGGCUGCUUCCGGUUUGCAUGAGGCUCUAAGAGGACAACGUCCAUUUCCCACUAGGUUACCUGACGCCAAAGAUCUGCACAACAUGUCACUAGUCGGCAGUUAUGGCUCACAUUUGCUGCACAGUUUUCAUCCUCAUCUAUUACAAACCUUAAAUCAUAACAUGCUUGCGAAUGGCAGCGCAGCCGCCGCUAGUUAUUUUGCUAGUGAACGUGCAGGUUUAACGAAACCAUCUGUCUUAACGAAUUUUCAACUGCCUUCAGCGUUCUCACCGCCCAAAUAUAUCGGCAUAUCAUUAGAUCAGAAUCUUUUCAAUGGUAACGAUUCGUUUCGUACGGAUUCAGCCAGUCCCACAUGUACGUCGCAUGAGUCUUUGGAAGGCUCAAAUGAUUAUGAUGGUGAAAAGGGUGAAAGUCCGCGCAGUAAUGCUUCCGAUCCCAGGGAUUUAAGACAUGCCCAUAGCAAAUCUUCAGCUACGUGUGCCUCUUCAAUGGCCGCCGUAUCUGCGGCAGCAGCAGCAGCUGUGGCUUCGAUAGCCUCGUCUUCGGCAGCAGCCACUACAGCUACCGCUACACAUUUGGCACAUCAUACACAUCCGCAUCAUACACAUCAUUUGGCAUCGCUUAGCGGUCAUCAUGGUCAUCAUCCGAAUGGUAGCUUAUUGGCGGCUAGUAUGGGGCACACCUUGGGCUUGACGGCACCGCCAGGUUGCGCUGGUUUACGUCCACCACCAGGUCACGUGCCCGAGGGAUGUCCCGUGUGCGGCCUAAAGUUAACAACCGAAGAGUGGAACUCGCAUUUCCUAGCCGAACUGGACCGUUUAUAUAAAUUAAGUUCGGGUAUGGAGAGAGCCAACAUUCAAGCCACCUACAUGUUCGCACCACCGUGUCCAGCACAAGAGAACGCUAUAAGAACGAGUCAUAGCAGAUGGGAGACUUUUCAACGUAUACGUAAUAAUCGUCAAAAUCGGUUACGCAUUAAAGUACGGAAACGAAAGUACGGCGACAUGUUUUUCAUGGAGAACAGUUUGUGCAGUUCGUGUCCGAUUUGCAAACGCAAAUACGCGUUGGAAACGGGCAAGUUGCCUAGCGAUGAAGAAAAUAAAAUGCAAGAAGAAAUCGAAACAGUAGAUGUGGAGAGCUGUAACGAUGAUAUGCCAGAUUCCGGAUCAGAAAUGCAAUCGCAUCAACAGCAUCAUCAUCAACAUCCACAGCCGCAACAUACUCACAUGCCAUCUUUUAGUGGAAGUAGUAGUCAUAGCAGCGGUCAUAGUAGUUCAAACGGUGCCAAUUUACAUAAUAGCAACAGUCAACCGGGCAAACUGGAUGGUAUACUCUAUAGAACAGCCUGUGUAAUUAACAAAGAACAUAACGUUAGCAGUGGGGGUGAAGAUGACGUUAGCACUAAUGUGCCCACCACUACCACCACCAGUGGUAGUAGUAGUAGUAGUUCAGGUGGCAGUAGUAAUAUAAAUUGGUCGGACUCGGGUCAUAGUAACAAUAAUACGCAGGGUCAUAUUAGCGUCAAAAAUGUUAGUGAGUUAUCUUCUACUACCCAUCAUUACUAUAAUGCCGAUUCAUGUCACGAGGAACGUCAAAGCCAGCGAGAUAUGAACAUGGACACGUGCAAUAACGAUAGCGAUGAAGAUGUCAUUGUCGAUGAUGACGAUUCAAUUAAAAUGUCAUCGUCAUACAACAACAAUAAAAAACGUAAAUAUGAGGAAUCAACCGUAGGCAGCAGUCGAAUUUCCGAUAAUCCCUCGCCAAUAGACGAUCGACCACGUUCCGAGCCUCAAGUUACAAGCACCGAAACAAGUGUAGAUCAUUCGCAUAACAAUAAUAAUAAUAAUAAUAAUAACAAUAAUAAUAAUAAUAAUAAUAAUAAUAAUAAUAAUAAUAACAACAAUAACAACAAUACCAAAUAUACUACAUUUGAGGAUUUAAGAGUCAAACAGCAACAGCAACAGCAACAACAUUCACCAGAUCAUGCGGACACGGAUAGAAUAGCGGCCGGCCAAUCAGCUCACAUAUUAAUGUCGGGCUUAACACAGCUGGACACAAAGACAGGUAUAAAGGAUCUCUCGUCAGACAGCUUCUUAAGAGGUCGCAAUUUUUAUUUUCAUCAAAGUUGUGCUAACGUUAUGAGCAGUUAUCGUUUCAAUAAAGAUUUACAACCGCACACCUUAAAAUAUCCACCACCACCACCACCAGCCCAGCAGCAGCAGCCGUCAUCGUCGUCAUCGUCAUCAUCAUCAUCGAACUCCUCACAGUUUCCGACGUCACCAUCGGAUAAAUUACAGCAACAGCAACAGCAACAACAACAACAACAGCAACAACAACAAUCAUCGAUAGUAGAAUCAGCGACAAAUGAUAAUAGAAAUUAAAUUUCUCAAUAUGAGUAAA